AGCAGCGAUAGCUGUAAAAGCUCUGGAAUUUUUCUUGGACCCGCUCCCUCGAUUCUCUCAGAAAACCUUACUCCCGAUUUUCCAUCUCUCUCGCUCUCUCUCUCACUUUAAAUGCUGGAGGAGAGAGCUCUCCUUAGGAUUCGCAGAUCUCAACGAGCUCACGUUUUCAAAGGCGGACUUGUUCGGUUCUCGCGUUCGCAUCGGAUCUAGGGUUUCUUCAACUUUCUCGCUUCCCGUUUUAUCGAUUUAAGGAGAAGAAAUAUUCGACUUCUGUGAUUUAAAAGGUGGCGAAAGUAUAGGAAAAACACUGAUUAGGGUUGUUAUGGGAAGCACUGUUCCUAUAGAAAGAGAUCAUUCUAUCGAUCUCGAGUGUGGUGGGACGACUACUGAAGAAGAAGGAGUGAGAGAGCCGCUUACAGGUGUUGGUCAAGCAAAGAGAUUGUUUGGUAGGGUUUGGGGCGGAUGUGUGAGCUUUGAUGGAUCACUCAAAGGUGAAGUCACUGUUAAUUCGUUCAAUAAUUUCUCGAAUUCUGCCAAAGUUUCCAUUGACAAGGUGGAAUUGCUGAUGGAGAAAAAUUUGGGAGGGGAAGAGAAGGCAGGUCUUGUGGAGAACAACUUGGGGGCUGAGAAGCCUAAAAAGAAGAGCUGUAAAAAGCCACCCAAACCGCCCCGUCCACCCAAACCACCAUCGUUGGAUGCUGCUGAUCAGAAGCUUGUUAGAGAGAUUUCUGAGCUCGCCAUGCUGAAACGAGCAAGGAUUGAAAGGUUGAAAGCAUUGAAGAAGAUGAAAGCAGCUAAGGCUGCAUCCUCUAGUAGUAAUACUUGCGCCACAGUCAUCACUAUCAUCUUCUGCCUCGUUAUAAUCUUGCAAGGAGCGUUUUCCAGAAGCAGCGCGAAUGCACAUUUUCAGGGUUCUCCUGAGUCGGCAGUAGAGAUGAGGGGAGGUUUGAUUUCGGUUGAGUAUUACAAGAAUGCCUCCACAGGCAACACUUAUAGCACUGGUUCUGGAUCUCCGACCAUUGUAGAGCAGGUUUCUGGGUUGAGCGCCCAGGAAGAAGUGAGCAGAGCUUCAGGCUAACAGAAACUUCACAACAACAGAGAAUAAUACUUCCUCCUUUCCUAGAGAAAAAUAUCAGAGGUGGCCUGUUUGGGUAAAUAUGCUUGAAGCCUUCUCAUCUUCCUGUACACCGGUGUCAGUAACAUCUCGUUUAAAAAAAAUCGGUUUUGUACAUACGAACAGGUCAUGCCACUUGAUGCUAUGAAAAUGACCAAGAAGGCGCCCCAUGUAAAACAACACACGCAUGCUACUUUUGCUGAAAAUUAAGGCGCAUUUUUGUUAUUUUA